CCGAACUCAUUGCAACAAGGAAGAUGGAGAGUGGAGCAAAAAAAUGGGGUUUUCAAGGGAAGCCGGAGCUGAAUGCAGCGUCAGCCACCACCGUGCGAGGAUAUCUCGACCUGUUAAAUGGAAACAUCAACAAAGAUAAUAGCUCCUCGGUCGUUCCUCUUGCUCAUGGCGACCCCUCUCAUUUUCCAAACUUCAGGACCACCUCCGCAGCCGAAGAUGCCAUCGUUGAUGCCGUACGUUCGGGUAAGCAUAAUUUUUAUGCGCCCACCGUUGGUAUUCUUCCGGCAAGAAGGGCAAUUGCAGAUUACCUCAACCGUGACACUCCGUACAAAUUAUCGCCGGACGAUGUUUAUCUAACGAUUGGAUGUUGUCAAGCAAUAGAAGUUGUUAUGGCAGUUCUUUCCCGCCCUGGUGCCAAUAUCUUGCUUCCUAGACCAGGCUUUCCGUACUAUGAUACUUGGUGUUCUUAUAACCAUCUUGAAAUGCGUCAAUACGAUCUUCUUCCUGAAAAAGGUUGGGAAGUUGAUCUUGAUGCCAUUGAGACUCUAGCAGAUGAGAAUACUGUUGCUAUGGUUAUUAUAAACCCAGGCAACCCUUGUGGAAAUGUCUUCAGCUAUGAACAUCUCAACAAGGUUGCAGAGACAGCAAGAAAGCUUGGGAUUUUGGUUGUUGCUGAUGAAGCUUAUGAUAAUCUGGUCUUCGGAAGCACUCGGUAUGUGCCAAUGCGAGUAUUCGGGUCGACCGUCCCGGUUCUCACCCUGGGGUCUAUAUCAAAGAGAUGGAUCGUUCCUGGUUGGCGCCUAGGGUGGCUUGUCACAAGAGAUCCUAAUGGCAUUCUUAAAAAAUCUGGGGUAAUUGAUUCGAUCAUAGGAUUCCUUGGUUUCUCUGCUGAUCCGGCAACAUUUAUCCAGGCAGCGAUUCCUCAAAUUAUAGAGAAUACAAAGGAGGAGUUUUUCUCAAACAUUAUCUGCGUGCUUAGGGAAUGUGCUGAUAUAUGCUAUAACACAAUUGAGGAGAUACCAUUCUUAACUUGUCCAAAGAAACCAGAAGGAUCAAUGUUUGUCAUGGUGAAGCUGAACGUAUCGAUGUUGGAAGGCAUAAAUGAUGAUAUGGAUUUCUGCCUGAAGUUAGCUAAAGAAAAAUCAGUCAUUAUUCUACCUGGGAGAGCAGUGGGAAUGAAGAACUGGCUUCGCAUUAGCUUCGCUAUUGAGUCGUCUCUUAUCCGAGAAGGCUUGGCAAGGGUAAAAGACUUUUGCCGAAGGCAUGCCAAGAAGCCAUUGAAUAGGUGAAAUGUGUGGUGUGAUCAACAACAAAGCGUUGCAUUCCAUAACCCAGUUCGAUUUGCUGGUUAAC